AUGUACACCUCCACAAAACGACGUCGACAAGAAUGUACACCUCCACAAAACGACGUCGACAAGAAUGUACACCUCCACAAAACGACGUCGACAAGAAUGUACACCUCCACAAAACGACGUCGACAAGAAUGUACACCUCCACAAAACGACGUCGACAAGAAUGUACACCUCCACAAAACGACGUCGACAAGAAUGUACACCUCCACAAAACGACGUCGACAAGAAUGUACACCUCCACAAAACGACGUCGACAAGAAUGUACACCUCCACAAAACGACGUCGACAAGAAUGUACACCUCCACAAAACGACGUCGACAAGAAUGUACACCUCCACAAAACGACGUCGACAAGAAUGUACACCUCCACAAAACGACGUCGACAAGAAUGUACACCUCCACAAAACGACGUCGACAAGAAUGUACACCUCCACAAAACGACGUCGACAAGAAUGUACACCUCCACAAAAACGACGUCGACAAGAAUGUACACCUCCACAAAACGACGUCGACAAGAAUGUACACCUCCACAAAACGACGUCGACAAGAAUGUACACCUCCACAAAAUGACGUCGAUUCACUGACGACCUGA